GAUAUAUGAAGCCCACUGGUUCAAGUAGCACCUGAAAUAGUGGCUUCUGCAGGAUUACAAGGACCGGCGGGCGUAGACUUCAAUUCUCGCCAUUAAGCCUCCUUUCCCAAAGUAACUUCGCUGAAGUGCUAACAAUCACCUACUCAAUCCAUACUUGCCGAGACUUGCCAGAUAUCAACACCAACACGAGAGAGUCCAGUAACGUUGCCGAGCGCUGAGCACCCACAAGCGGCAGGAUGCCUUCGGCAGAUCUAUAUGAUUCAACUAUUGGGGAUAUGGUGCAUAAAGGCCCGAACCAGGCGGGCAACAAGGGUCUACUAACCUACAACAACGCGGUGGGAAUUCCAGGCUACACCGGCUUCAUGCCCAGCACGAAUGCGCUGGCGCUGCCGGUGAAGGGCUUUGAGCACACGGGGCGGCCAGCGGCCAGCGCCGAGGUGGAGAAGCUGACAGUCAAGAGCGUGGACCCCCGCAAGACCUCACAAUACGCGGACGACUACCACAAAAAGCCGGCGGACACAAAGGCCUUCUCCAAAACCGGCGGUGGCUACUGGAUUUCGCAGCGCGUGCUGCCGCCGCAUACGGCCUUCACGGCCACCACAACCUACCGCGCGGAGACGCUCAACGCGGAGCCCAACACCGCUGCCAUCCUGGACCGCAGCCAGGGCCUGGCCUCGACGCUGGUGGGUUAUGAGGCCGCGCGGCAGGCGGGCGAGGUGCGGCGCAGCAUCAGCGCCGAUCCCCGCGCGCGCGCCGAGGACACGGCGCGCGGCAUCGGCACGCAGACGGUGCUGGGCCGGCCGGGCAGCGGCGGCAACACCAGCAUACUCGCCACCGUCGCCGCGGCGGCGCCCUCCUCGCCCCAGGCCGGAUCCAGCGUCAUGGUGUCCUCAGCCCGCCGGCCAGCCACCGUGCCCACCAAGUACGGCGAGCUGCCCGGGUACCAGACCACGUACGGCGCCGCCACGGACAAGAUGGCGCGCAUGCAGGCGGACAACGAGCUGAACGGCACCGGCUCAUUCGCACCCUCCAACAUGGGCGACCCACGGUUCAAGACGCUUCCGCGCGUGAUGAACCCGGGCAUGGGCCGCAACUACAGCAGCUACGUGGCGGAGUACGGCGGCGACGGGCACGACCCCAUGGCCCGGCAGGCGGCCAACAAGGACACCAUGACGCGCAUCAGCGUCACACGGGAUCUGGCGGGCGGCACCACCCGCAACGUCAGCCACAUCCCCCGCUACACCGGCCACAUCCCCGCCUCCGAAUACGCCACGCCCGAGGCGCGCGCGCAGGGCGAGGCGGCGGAGCCGCGCCCCGACCAUAAAUCGCAGGCGCUCACCUACACGCUCGACCAGUACCCCCGUGGCCGGCUGCCUGGGUACACGGGCUUCAAGGCGCAGGCGCCCGCCAACAUCGACGCGGGCCUGAAGCACUCGAUGAAGCUGCCGUGCCACAGCACCACCUCGGGAGACGCGACGCUGCGCGGCACGCAGUUUGGUGUGCCGCAUCAGGACCACACCCAUUACAUCAACAGCCGUGCGGGGCUCAAUUCCUUCUUCUCCAACUCGGUCGUGGGCACGGAGUUCGUGUCUGACAACGGGCUGUUCAACGCCCAGGUGUACUACAAGGAGGCCAAGAGCCAGGGGGCGCUGGGCAUCAAGACGGCGCAGCCCAGCAAGCUGACGCACUAUGGAGCGCCCUUCCGGGCGGCGGCGUCCAUGGUGUAAGGGGCUGGCCGGCUGAGGCAGCGCAAAGCAGGGUGGGGUGACUUAUGACUGUCAGGGUGUGGCGUUUAUGUGACCAUCUUCGGGGGUGAUAAUUUGAAUGCAUGUGUGACGAAGCCGCAUGCCGUUUCCAAAGGCAUGCGGCGUGAAGGCUGUGAUGUGCAAGGCAGAGAUGGACGGGAAUGCAGGUGGUUUCGUGCCUGCCCAGUAGUUGGCAGUAUGCAGGUUUGCAAUUGUGUAGGUUGGGAAUGAGCAAGUACACCGGGGGCCAGAGGGGGCCAGCAUACGGUAUGUGCCAGGACGAGUAUGAUAUGUUUCCAAGUUUGAACCCGGCUUCGGCUUCCAGAGCUUCCAGACAUUCGGGCAAGAGCUACCAGGACAAACCUGAAACCCGCUGCAGAACUAUAAACACGGACCGUGAGGAUUGCACCAAUGCAAGGCGGCCUCGCGAUGGUUGUAAAGUACGUCAUGA